GAGUCUUGAAUCCCACAGACCUGAGAAGAGGAAGCUUGUGGGCCAGCCACCUAAUUCAGCCCGUGUUAAAGUAAAAAGGAGCUGCUUAGGAGAUGAAUCCCUUGGCUUUGUUAGUAGAGAUAUUGAUCAUUAUCGAGGUCACAACCAAAAAUACUGAAGCAGAAAGAUAUAACAGAAAACAAAAAGAAGUGAAUGUCACCACACAGGUAUCAGUGAGCAAAGUCAAGCAAUUUUUAUUGUAUCUACUGGAACAAGGAAACGCAAAUAAAAUAACCAAUAAAAGAGAAAAUCCCUUAGAAAAAAAGAAGCAUCAACAUAAGUUAAAAAUAAAAGGAAUUCAAAAUAAGAAUCUCCUGAAGAGAAAUCAAAACUACUUCAAAAACCCAGCCAAGAAAAGUAUCACAGAUGAAGGAGAUGAGUUAUUUAAAAUGGGCAACAAGAUUCUCCAGGAGUCUAAAAGCCAAAAACAAAAAACAGAAGCCUACACACUCUUCACCAGAGCAGCCAACAUGGGAAAUUUGAAAGCUAUGGAAAAAAUGGCUGAUGCUUGGCUAUUUGGAAGUUUCGGCAUGCAAAACAUAACAGCAGCUAUUCAGUUAUAUGAGUCCUUGGCUAAAGAAGGAUCAUACAAAGCCCAAAAUGCAUUAGGAUUUUUAUCUUCAUAUGGAAUAGGAAUGGAAUAUGACCAAGCCAAGGCACUGAUAUAUUAUACCUUUGGAAGUGCUGGAGGAAGCAUGAUGUCCCAGAUGAUUCUGGGGUACAGAUACUUGUCAGGAAUUAACGUUCUGCAAAAUUGUGAAGUUGCCCUAAAUCAUUACAAGAAAGUGGCAGAUUAUAUUGCUGAUAAAUUGGAAAAAAGUGAAGGUAUUCCCGUGGAAAAAGUGAGGCUAACCGAGAGACCUGAGAAUCUGAGUUCCAACAGUGAGAUUUUGGAUUGGGACAUAUACCAAUACUAUAAAUUUUUGGCAGAAAGAGGAGAUGUUCAGAUACAAGUAUCUCUUGGACAAUUACAUCUAAUUGGGAGAAAGGGACUAGAUCAAGAUUACAGUAAGGCGUUAUACUACUUUCUAAAGGCAGCAAAAGCCGGGAGUGCAAAUGCCAUGGCAUUUAUAGGAAAGAUGUAUUUUGAAGGGAAUGCUGCUGCACCACAAAAUAACGCCACUGCCUUCAAAUACUUCUCCAUGGCGGCCAGCAAGGGCAACGCAAUUGGCCUUCAUGGACUUGGUCUCCUUUACUUCCAUGGAAAAGGUGUUCCUGUGAAUUAUGGUGAAGCACUUAAAUACUUCCAGAAAGCUGCGGAGAAGGGAUGGCCUAAUGCACAGUUCCAGCUGGGCUUCAUGUACUACUCUGGCUCUGGAGUAUGGAAGGAUUAUAAGCUUGCCUUCAAAUACUUUUACUUGGCAUCUCAGAGUGGGCAGCCUCUUGCCAUUUAUUAUCUAGCCGAGAUGUACGCAACUGGCACUGGAGUGCUGAGAUCAUGCAGAACGGCCGUGGAGCUUUACAAAGGUGUCUGUGAACUAGGCCACUGGGCUGAGAAAUUCCUAACGGCCUAUUUCGCCUAUAAGGAUGGGGACAUAGACUCUUCUCUUAUUCAGUAUGCAUUGCUUGCCGAAAUGGGAUAUGAAGUAGCUCAAAGCAAUUCAGCAUUCAUUUUGGAAUCUAAAAAAGCUAAAAUUCUGGGGAAAGAGAAGUUGUAUCCAAUGGCACUUCUGCUAUGGAACCGAGCCGCCAUUCAAGGGAACGCUUUUGCUAGAGUAAAAAUUGGAGAUUACCAUUACUAUGGCUACGGGACUAAGAAGGACUACGAAACAGCAGCCACACACUACAGCAUCGCAGCAGACAAGCAUCACAGUGCACAAGCAAUGUUCAACCUGGCAUAUAUGUAUGAACAUGGCUUGGGUAUUGCAAAGGACAUUCACUUGGCCAGAAGAUUGUACGACAUGGCUGCUCAGACAAGCCCAGAUGCUCACAUACCUGUGUUCUUUGCCCUUAUGAAACUGGAAACCAUGCAUCUGCUCCAUGAUAUCCUGUUUUUUAAUUUUACCAUGAAAUGGAAAUGGCUGAAACUGGACAGCACUGUUGGACCAUACUGGGAUUUAUUGGUGAUUGGCCUAAUUGUUGCCAUGCUGAUCUUCCUGCUUAGAAAUCGCCAUAGGUAGGCUCUAGACCAUCAGAUAACCUACUUAUAGGUUCAUGCCAAGCUAUCCUCACCAAAUAAAGAAUUUCCUCAUCCAAAUUGCGAGUCUCUACAGAUUUCCCACACAGGCUUUGAUGGAGAGUGGACAGAGCUUAAGAACUACCCUAAAGAAGCAACUCCAUACUUCCUACUUGGUUUAGGGACCAUGGGAAGAAUGGUCCCUAAAUGCUGAGGACAGGUCAUCUAAGACAUUGCCACAAAUUUUUCAUCUUGGUGAUCUAAGUCCUGACCUCAAUAAAGGUCACCAUCUUUGGGUUAUAAUAAAGGUGCCAUCCCCUUUUGAGGGAAUAA